UGCUAUGUUGUCGGCAUCUUGAUGGAGGUGAACUUCUUUACGGACUAGCGGAACCGUAGCGGACCGACUGCACGCCAGAAUCUGGUUUAGGUGGAAAUCUGGGUAAAUCUGGAAGAAAAAGUUUUUCCUCCACAUGGCGGAAAAACUAGGUUUUCUGGGCCGCACCCAGAGACAUAAAAGUUUUCCAUCGACUCGUUCGAACCACAAACUGGAUCAGAACCAGCAGAAAAAAAACAACACAAAUUAAGACAUGAAUUUCGGAGUUCCCGCAAACUCGCUCCUGCUUCUCAGAACCUGCGAUGAGGGGGACUAUGAAACGGCCCGGGGCAUCCUGGAGCCCGGGGCCCCCAGAGAGUCCGGGCGGCAGAGCAGGCUGCUGUCUGAGGUCGGCUCUGACGGCUCCGCCGCGGACAUGAUGGCUCUGGUUCCGGUGGACUGCACGGACGAGGAGGGGAACACCGGCCUGCAGUUCGCCUCGGCCAGCGGACACGAGAACCUGGUCCGGUUUUUGCUGAGGAAGGGGGCCUCAGUGGACAGCCGGAACAACUACGGCUGGACCCCCCUGAUGCAGGCUGCGAGGUUCGGCCAUCUGACCGUGGCCCACAUCCUCCUGGAGAAUGGGGCGGAGAUAAACGGACGCAACCGGCUCGGCGCCAGCAUCCUGAGCAUGGCGGCUCGAGGGGGACACGCACACGUGGUGAAACUCCUUCUGGAGGGCGGGGCUUACGUGGACGACUAUGAUCACCUGGCUGCUGCUGCGGAGGCAGUUUCCAACGGCAACAACAACAACAGCUGCAGCGCCGCCGGGUUUGGACCUGCUGACGCUCCAGGAGGAGGCAGAGACUUCAUGGACAUCACCGCCCUGAUGGUGGCGUCUCAGCAUGGCCACGAGGCCGUGGUCCGCCUGCUGCUGGAGUGGGGGUCAGAUGUCAACUUCUCCCAGAGGACCACAGGCUGGGGGCCGCUGAUGGUGGCCACGCUCAGCGGGAAGGUGGGUGUAGCCCAGCAGCUGGUGGAGCGUGGCGCCGACCCGGACCGGGUCAACGUUCUGUCUAAAACUGCUUUUGAACUGGCCCUGCAGAUGAAACAGAGAGACAUCAAGUCGUACCUGGACGCCAUCACGACCGUCCGGCCUCAGACAGAUGAUGAGAGAAGACGACCAGACGUGUUCUCUGCUCUUAGACUGGGAAAUUCACAGCUUGUUAAGGAGAUCUUGGAGGAGGAUCCUUCUCAGGUGAAUUUGUCGAAUCAGGAGGGAGCAUCUCUUCUGAUGAUGGCGGCGGUGAGCGGCCAGUUAGAGGUGGUGCAGCUGAUGGUGGAGAAGAACGCUGACAUAGACAAACAGGACUGCGUUCAUGGAUGGACCGCAUUGAUGCAAGCCACUUACCAUGGGAAUAAAGACAUCGUGAAGUUCUUGUUGAGUCAAGGAGCCAACGUGAACCUUCGAUCUAAGAAUGGAUACACAGCUUUUGAUUUGGUGAUGCUACUCAAUGAUCCAGACACAGAGCUGGUUCGUCUGCUGGCCUCGGUGUGUAUGCAGGUGGACAAAGACAAGCUGAAACAUCGCGGCAGAGCCUCCAACCAUCGAUCUAGGAGCAGACAGUCUCUCAGCAUUGUUCCUGUUCCACCUGAAGAUAAAGGAGGCCUGAAGUCCUGGUGGAGCAGGAUGUCGAACCGUUUUCGACAGCUAAAGCUGACGCACACCCUGAGGCACGGUCUUUCAGCCAAUCGCCUCGCUCCGUUUCCUGAUGAUGCGGAAGCUUCCCUGGAUGCCACGAUGAGGGUGGAUGCAAAGCCGGCCGUGACGUCUAACGGAGCACCGCCACCAACGUGUGUCCUGGGAACCAGUGAUACCAGCACUGCCUGGACUGCCAAGAUCAAGGAUCCAGGUCUCUGCAGGACAUCCUCAGAGAAGGAGGACUCUCUAAUAACCACCAUGUUACGGAGUGGUGCCCCCCUGACCCGACUCCCUGACAACAAGCUGAAAGCCGUCAUUCCUCCUUUUCUGCCUCCGUCCAACUUUGAGCCAUGGAACUCGGACCGUUCUCGGAUCCUCAGAGACGGGAAGAGUGAAGUGGCUCGUCUUCCGAUGCCGCCGCAGAGGAAACUCACUGGCAGUGGGAACUCUGAUAUUACUUCCAUCAGUCGAGUGGUGAACAGGUCCAUAAAGUUUCCCAGCAUUCCUAAAGGACCGUCGUCAUCCUCCCCCUCCAAUUCUGGCCACUACCACUCCCCCCACUCCUCGGGGGGAUCCAGCGGGGUGGCUGGACUCAACCGGGACUCUCACAACCGUUCAGGGGGCAGCACAGACAGCGUCCUAUCCCAGAUCGCAGCCCAGCGGAAGAAAGCGGCUGGUCUGACCGUCCAAGCCCCAGAUAGGCAGAGUCCAGCUUCAGGAUCCGGCCCACUGCAGCCGGACGUCAGUCUUCCUGACAUUCCGUCCCACCCCAGCCUGGUGGCCUCCGACCUCCACAGAAGGAAGAUGGAGCUGAAGAAGAGGCCUCUGUCUGGAAAUUCAGCCACUUCCAAGAGCACGUCCCCCACUCUGACCCCGUCUCCAUCCCCGACGCCUAAGAUCUCGGCCGGACCCGGAGACUCCCCAUCCUCAGCCUCGUCUCAUCCACGCUCCAAGAGCAGUGGUGGCUCCAGCAGCGGGACCAUCACAGAUGAAGAUGAGCUGUCCAGCAUCCUGAAGAAACUUUCUCUGGAGAAAUACCAGCCAAUAUUCGAGGAACAGGAGGUGGACAUGGAGGCAUUCCUGACUCUGACGGACGGAGACCUAAAGGAGCUUGGCAUCAAGACAGACGGACCCCGACAGCAGAUCCUGGCGGCCAUAUCAGAACUUAACGCUGGAAAGGGCAGAGAGAGGCAGAUCCUUCAGGAGACCAUCCACAACUUCCAGUCCUCCUUUGGAAGCAGUGCCAGCAACCCGAGACUGCCCGGACCACCACGCUCUCCAACGUCCUGGACCAGACAUCAGGUCCGUUCCUCCACCAAGAAGUAGCCUGGAACUUUACCUGAGGGGAAACCAGCAUCUCCCUAGGUCCCAGGCUUCUGAAGGCUAGUGUCCCAAACCACCAGAGGUUCUUGUCCCAGAGGACACUGCAGCUAAAUGACCAAACAGGUCCUGAUAAAGUUCCUUUGCUGGACACUUCUGGACCAAACUGGACCUUAAGGGCUCCUUUUAUAGAGUCUGAAGCUGAGAUGAUGUGACGGGGGUUAAUUUCAACCUCCUGAUGUUUUCACCUAAACACACCAUGAUCCAGAUUUCUGCCAUUUCAAUACACUCAGAUGGGUCCAUGAGCCAGAGGAAGGGAAAAAGGACAGUUUAUGUGACAGAAGAAGAAAAGCUUCUAUAUUUCUCUGCCUCACCCAUCAUUUCCUCUCAUCUUCUUCUCCUCCUUUCCUUACUUCCUUCUCCCCUUCUCUUCUCUCCUCCUAUACUCACCUCUUUCUCCUCCUCCUCUCCUCUCCUGUUCUUCUCCUCAUCUCCUGUCCUCACCUUCUCCUCCUCCCCUCUUAUCCUCCUCUCCUCCUCCUCUCCUGUUGUUGUGAAUCAGUGAUCAGCUGAUCGACUGUUCUUGUGUUUAUGGUUCUGCAUUAUGAUCUAGAACAUGGCAGAGAUGAUACAGAACAUCAUGUAGAACAUUAAAUGCUGCAUUCACUGACCACUGGACAUCUGAGGGUUACCCUAGUGAAGGUAAAUAAACAUAAAAUAUCU